AUGACCCUCGAGUUAAAGUGCAUAACAGAAUUGCACACAACAAACUGCACGUUUACUCCAUACACAACCAAAUUCCAAGCAUUCGUCGUAUGCCACAAACCAGGAGCAAUCAAUUGCAGCACCCCAUACAUUCCAGUCCAUGCACACCUCACAGACCGCCGAUUGAACUAUAACUUUGGUGACAGGAUAACUGUGACUUGCAAUACAAGCUCGGAUACCUUUACCCUUCAGUGCCACAACAAGGGACUCUGGAGUGGCCCUGUAAUUUCAUGUCCUGCACCAUUAUAUCCAGUCGAGCCAGUACGAUGUAACAGUCCGUACAUCCCGAGAUAUGGGUCUAUUGAUAACCUUCGUCUGGACUAUAAUAUUGGCACCAGUGUUAGGAUCACAUGUGACAACAGUACAGACAGCUAUAGCCUUCGGUGUAACUCUGAUGGAUUCUGGGCGGGAAGCGUUCUUUCUUGUCCGGCACCAGUUGAAGCACCAGAAAAGUGCAGCGCCCCAUACGUCCCAAGGUACGCUACAAUCCAGGACCUCAGAAUGAGCUAUGACUUCAAUGAAAGAAUAACCGUGACGUGUGACAACAGCACUACACAGUUUACCCUAAUGUGUCAUACGCAUGGCCUUUGGAGUGGCCCGGUGGUGUCCUGUCCAGAACCUUACAGACCCCCCGAACAGUGCAACACUCCUUACGUCCCAAGGUAUGCCACAAUCCAGGGCCUCAAAACGAGCUACGACUUCAAUGAACGAAUAACCGUAGUAUGUGACAACAGUACUACACAGUUCACCCUCAUGUGUAGCAUGCAUGGCCUAUGGAGUGGCCCGGUGGUGUCUUGUUUGGAACCCUACAGACCCCCUACAAUGUGUAACGCUCCUAGCAUUCCAAGAUAUUCCAAGAUAUCCGCUCGAAAUCUUCUAACAUCUUACGACUUGGGCGCCAGGGUAAAUGUAAGAUGUGAUAAUAGCUCGGUUCGAUUCGCACUCCGAUGUCGCACUGGUGGACUCUGGGAGGGACAGGUACAAGCUUGCCCGGCACCUGUAGAAAAACCGAUACGAUGUAACAGUCCGUACAUCCCGAAGUAUGGGUCAAUUGAUAACCUUCGUUUGGACUACAAUGUUGGCGACAGUGUUAGGAUCACAUGUGACAACAGUACGGACAGCUAUAACCUUCGGUGUAACUCUGAUGGAUUCUGGACGGGAAGCGUUCUUUCUUGUCCUGCACCAAUUGAAGAGUGA